AAGCGGGCGGAGAGAACUUGCGCUAUAUCUUCCAUAUGGACACCAAUACUGGCACUAACUUUGACUUCAAUACUAAACCCUAUUCUGAUAUAUUGGCCAACGAUUUGGUCGCUAAUGUUAUUAAAGGAGGAAAAGUGGGAACUUAUAGACAUUUAAAACUUCCCAACGGUCACAUUGCAAUGGGACCUGAAAAGUUAUACCCCGAUUGUUUAUUGGGGUUUGAAUAUGUGGGCCGUAGAGCUGACACCGGGGAACGAGUGAUGGGUUUAGAGUUCGGGCGCAUGUUUUGCAACUCAGUUAACGUAAUCGAUAAAUACAUGUCUUCUAUUCCGGAGCACUGGUCAAUGGCAGAGGCGGUGACUGUGUUGAGCACAUAUAGUACAGUACACUACGGGCUGAUCAAAAAGGCUAAUCUUAGAAAAGACGAAAGUGUUUUAAUUCAUUCGGGAGCCGGAGGUGUGGGUCAGGCGGCUAUCAAUGUAUGCAAACACUAUGAAUGCGAUAUCUAUGCGACGGUAGAGACAGAAACAAAGAAACAAUUUUUAAUUAAUACACACAAUAUUCCGGAGAAUCGGAUAUUCAUCUCAACUGAUGUGUACUUUAAUGACGAGAUAAUGGAUGCGACGGACGGACAGGGAGUGGAUGUUGUUUUCAAUUCACUGAUGGGUGAGAAACUGAGCACAGGUUUUGAGUGUCUGGCGAUUAGCGGCCGAUUCGUACAAAUAGGAAGAUAUGAUACGAUUGACGGAAAACAGUUGCCAAUCAAUGACUCCAUUCGUGACAUACAAUUCACCACAAUUUUUAUGGAUUACGUUAUAAUGAAUGACAGCCACUAUUUGGACGAGUUUUAUGAUUGGAUGCAUAAGAACUCAACGAAUAAUUGUAUAAAACCAUUAAAUUAUACGGUGUUUGAGGCCAAGGAUGCGGACAAAGCGUUUCGUUAUAUGACAAGCGGUGAACACAUCGGGAAAAUUGUUGUGAAGAUGAGGGACGAGGAAAGUGAAAGGACUGCCAUUACAUUCAUUAGACCGGUUCCUGAACUUUUGGUUUCCGUCAAAACUUAUUUCAAUCCAAACAAAGUCUAUAUAAUAACCGGAGUCACCGCCUCUGCCAUUGACCAGUGCUCCGGAAUAGAAGACAUGUAUUUAUCGAUUACGUUAACUGAGUUGCAAAACAUGCGCCCGAACUCUAAACCCAUCACUCGCUCCCCGGUGUCAGCUCUACGGCCCACAUAUUCAAACCCCAAUAAACAAUCGGGGAAUACAUUGGGAAUCAAACCAUUGAAGUCCAACCAAAUCACGAUUUGUUUCCAAAUU